AUGAAGAAUAACAAAGCAGCAGGAGUGGACGGGAUACCGGUAGAAUUUUUCAAGGUGCUAACUUUAUUUUGUAUAGGGGAACUAGCAGUAUUUAAUAGAGCAGAGCUAGUGAAGGGAUGGAAAGUGGCACGAAUAUUCCCCAUGUACAAGGCAAACAAUGAAAAAGAUAUCAGAAAUUACAGAAGGAUAGCUUUAUUAAAUAUAAGAUAUAAAAUUCUCACAAGUAUGCUAGCGGUCACGCUAAAAAAUUGGUUUGAAGAAAAUAGAAAAUUGAAAGAAAGUCAGGCAGGAUUUAGAGAGAAUAGGAGCACUGGGGACCACAUAUUUACACUAAAUACAGUAAUGAAUUAUAAGCUGAGAAAUAAAGAGGAAAGAAUAAACGUUCGCUUCAUAGACUUCAAAACAGCAUUUGAUAGGGUGAACAGGGAAAUUUUAAUAGAAAAAAUGAGAGGAAAUAGGGAUUAA